AUGGACGACGCUGGUGAUGGUGAUGCCAAUCCAGUCAUAUGGGUGCCUUCGAAGAGCGACCUAACAGACUCCUCUCUUGCAAAGUUUCGUGACCUGGUAAAUCAACGGUAUAACCUCUCUCUGCAAAGCUACAAGGACAUCCAUAAUUGGUCCGUCAACGCAAGCACAUCCCAGGAUUUCUGGAUGUCCGUGUUUGAAUUCUUGGAUAUCGGGGCAACUAAGCUGCCCUCAAGAGUAUUUUCCAAUAUCAGUGAUACUGGCACUCCCAGCAUGUUCCCAAGUCCGAUAUUCUUCCCGGACGCACAGUUGAACUUUGCCGGCAGCAUUUUCAAACACUGUCACCGCGAUCCAUCUGCAAUCGCCAUCAUCGAGACGACAGAAGGCAGCCUUGACCAUCGAUCCGUCACUUGGGGGGAGCUUUUCACGCAGGUAGAAACGCUGUCGACUGCAAUGCGCAGGGGCGGCGUGAAACGCGGCGAUCGAGUUGCCGCAGUCAUUUCGGCGUCGAGAUUGGCGAUUGCUCUGUGUCUGGCCACGCUGUCAAUUGGGGCGAUAUGGUCAUCGAUAUCGCCGGACUUUGGCUCAAAGGGAAUUCUCGACCGUAUCGUUCAGAUCGACCCCAAAUUGAUCUUCACCGACACCACGGUGUUGUACAAUGGAAAGCGCCGGGACCUCAGCGGGACGAUUCUGGAAUGGGCGCCAGUUGCUGCCCGAGGCCUUUCGCUCGACAGGAUCGUCCUCUGCGGCAGAGGUGGUAGCACCAGCACCAGCAGCCCGGAUCUUACGACCCAGAUUCCAAAGACUCUAGAUCUGCGUGAUUUCUAUACAAAGGGGGAGGGAGGGAAGAUGGAAUUCGAGCAGAUGCCGUUCUCGGCGCCAGCUUUCAUAUUCUAUUCCUCAGGAACAACUGGCGUUCCGAAAUGCAUUCUCCACAGUGCAGGGGGAGUGCUUUUGCAGGUCAAGAAGGAUUAUGUCCUCCAUAUCGGUGUCUUGCCCAAAGAUAUCCUUUUCCAGUACACCACCACUGCAUGGAUCAUGUGGGCUUUUCUCUUGACUGCCAUGAGUAUCGGAACAACAAUAGUUGUCCAUGAAGGCUCUCCAGUCUACCCAGACCCUCCUUUUCUCUUGAAGAUCAUCUCCAAGAUAAAGGUCAGUAUUUUUGGAACAUCGGCAAAGUACUUAACCGACCUGAUGGACAGCAACGUCCGGCCGAGAGACGUGCUUGAUCUCUCUGCGUUGAGAAAAGUAACAUCGACAGGCUCGGUUCUUCCUUCAGAUGUCGCCAAGUGGUUCUACAAUCAUGGCUUCCCGCCCAAAGUUCAGUUGAUCUCUGGCAGCGGAGGAACGGAUUGUUCCUGUUCUUUCGUUGGCGGCAAUGCUUUGACUCCGGUUCGCGCCAAUGAGAUCUCAGACAAGGCUUUGGGCAUGGCAGUCGAUAUCUUCGAUCCUACAUCAGUUCGUGGCCAAUCACUCGAGGGUACCGAUGAAUCCGGCGAGCUGGUGUGCAGGGCUCCAUUUCCCAGCCAGCCAUUGACCUUUUGGGGUCCUGAUGGUCUUGAGAAAUACAAGGAUGCCUAUUUCUCGAUGUUCGGCCCGGAUACCUGGGUGCAAGGAGAUUUGAUUCGGAUCAAUCCCCGUACACGAGGUAUACAAAUGUUGGGACGGUCCGACGGGGUACUAAAUCCUUCCGGGGUCCGCUUUGGAUCUUCGGAGAUUUACAACGUUGUACGAUUGUUUCCUGAGGUCGAGGACUCUGUGUGUACUGGUCAGCGACGAUCGACCGACCGUGACGAGGUAGUCAUUCUUUUCCUGAAACUGAAACCCGGGGUGGAAAGAACUGCGGCGCUUCGGACACAGAUCAAGGCCAAGAUUGGGCAAAGUCUCAGCAAGAGGCAUGUUCCAAAGUAUGUCUUCUAUGUGGAUGAUAUUCCAUACUCGAACGUGGGCAAGAAGCUUGAGAUCCUCGUCAAGAAGAUCAUCAGCGGACAUAAAGCCGAGUCAACGGUUGUCGCUAAUCCGGAGAGCCUACCUUUAUAUCAGAAGUACUACGACAUUGAAAGGGCGGCACAAGAGGAAGACGCAAUGCUGCUAUCCCGGCUUUGA